AUGGCGUCUGUGUUCAGUUCAGAAACAAUUGAUGAUGUCACAGAUAUCGCUGAAAGUUUGAAACAGUUGUCUGUUGCAAGAGCCCAAAUUAAUUCGUUGAGGAAACAGAACGAGUCUUUAAAAAAACAGCUGAACGAAAAGGAUUUGAUGGUUUCAAAUGGACCAAGUACAGCUAGCAGCUCUGAAAAAAUAGAACUAUCCAUUAUAGGAACCAUAAAAACAAAAUUUAAAGAACGUAGAUGUGUACCAAGACAACCUGGUCUCUGUCCACUAGCCCAAGCUUGCCUGACAAUAUCCAACUCUAUAUUCACUAAUCCAAACCAUGCUCUAGAAGGUCUCUCAGAUUUCUCUCAUAUGUGGAUUUUGUUUCAUUUUCAUAAAAAUGAAACCACUCAUGUUCAUGCAAAAGUAUCACCACCGAGAUUAAACGGAUUGCGAACUGGUGUACUUGGCACUCGAUCUCCACACCGACCCUCACCAAUUGGUUUAUCUCUAGUGCAAAUUGAUAAAGUUGAAGGAAAUUCUGUGUAUUUUUCUGGUGUGGACAUGAUAGAUGGUACUCCAGUGCUCGAUAUCAAGCCAUAUAUUCCACAUUAUGAUGCACCAGCUACUCUUAGAUCUGACCAACAUGUUUCAUUAUUUGAUAAUGGUUCACAUCAAAUACUAUUGGAUCCAUUGACAUCUGACCGAGAAGCUCCUGAUGGAGAGGAAACUGAUGCAUAUGAUAUGCCUCUUUCUCCACUCCAUACAAGGGUCCGAGUACCUCUGUGGAUUACUGAACCACUGAUGCAACAACUAACAGUGGAGUUCUCGUCAAGAGCAAGAGAAUUUUUAAACUCAUUGGAUACUAAUGAUAUUGAAGCGACUAUAGUAAGUAUAUUGAAAGAAGAUCCUCGGUCGGUUUAUGUCCGCGAACGUUAUAGUAAUCAGUUUUACACAUUCUUAAUUGGAGGCUAUCAUGUGAGUUGCAAGUUUGAUGAUACUAAACACACAAUUAGUGUCUAUAGAAUAUCAUACGUUGAUAGUAUGGAGAAUGUAGCUGAUCAAGAAGGAGCCCAAUGUUUGUCUAUAGGUUAA